UAUCAAUAUUGAUUUACUAUUGUAGAUAUCAGCAUGGCGUGCGCCUUUCCAGAAGAAGACUUGAACGAAGAAUGCGACUGUUGUGGUAACCAUCGUACAUGCUUUUGUCUGAAAUGUGUUGUUAGUUUGUGUGACAAAUGCAAAGAAAAACAUGUUGACCACGAAGAAAAUCAUGAUAUUUUGGAACUCCCGCCAAUGGAACAGGAUCUGCCAAUGUGCGAUGUACAUGAUGACAUAACGUGCACUCUCUACUGCUGGACAUGUCAGGAAUCACUGUGCCAAUACUGUGUGCAAGAAAAACAUACAGGAGAUGGUCACCAUGUUCUAGAUAUAGAGUCCGCCGCACUUAUAAAACGAAACCAGAUUAUAAAAGAACAUGCUGAGGGCAAACAUGUAUUAUCGCCACAAAUUCAAAACCAAGUCCAAAACAUCCAGGAGGGCGUUGAGAUGUACAAAGCCUAUAUUCAAAGCAUUAAGGAUGCCAUGAUUGCUCAGGCAGAAAGAAUGAAGGAAAUGGUCAACGAAAUUGUUGAAGAACGUCAAAGAGAACUGAAGGAAAUGGAAAGAAAUAGUGCAAUGACAUUAGAAGACCAAAGACAGAAAUUGGAGGGACACAUGGCAGAAAUCAACGAUACAAUAAACGAGUACCGCGAGACUGAACAAACUGGAGAUCCUGAGAAAAUCAAGGAAUUUGCCGAUAAAAACAGGGACAAAAUCAGACGAUUGAAACAGCUCCCCGAGUUGGAAGAAGUGAAACCACCGACAUACGAAACACCAAAAGUCGACAUUGAAUUUAUCAGACAAAUGUUCGGAAAAUUAAUGUUGAAACAGCACACUUGGUCUACAUCCGAAAGCUUAGCCAUUCCCAAUCAGGAGGAACUGAUUCAACUACCAGAGCUCGAUAAAGAGGAAAUCCGCAAGAGAUUUGGCACACUGACUGUGACAAACACAGAACCAACAGAGGCACAGGAGGAUUCCGUAAAUGCAGAAAACUUAAAUACAAACUCGGAUGACAAUCCCAUUCCUACCAUUCAUGAUCUGGAAGAAAUGGCAGAAUUAGAAAGUCGGACUGAAGAAGUAACAGAUGAUACAGUUACUGACGAAGGAACAUUGAGAAAUGAAGAUCAGAACCCUUCAGAUCAAGACAAUGAUGAAUGACUUUAUAUAGGCUUUACUGGAAAAAAAAACCCAAACACAUAAAACACCAAACUGAUAAAAUAAGAAAAACUGAGGAUUCCAAUUUAUUUUAUUGAAAUAAAUUGAUCAAGUUCAUCUUUAAUGCCAAAAAUUUACAAUGCAUGUGGUUUAUCACAAUUUAAAAUUAAAACCAUGAAAAGAUUCA